AUGAGAAGAAAACCCCCCGAAUCAUCAUAUUCAUUGUUCAUUGGCAAUGAAAGAAUUGAAUUUGUAAACACAUUAAGAUGUCUCGGAGUUUACCUAAACCAUGACCUAUCCUGGAACAGUCACAUAUCGAACACUUGCGGUUCAGUGAAUAGCGGACUUUCCAUGUUAAGACAAUCACAAACGUACAUAUCCAAAAAUAUGAGAUUGUAUUUGGUGAAAUCAUUAAUUAUUCCAAAAUUCACAUACUGCUCUGAAUUAUUUUUUGGAAGUUCUCGAGAAGAUUGGAGUGCAAUCAACAAAUGUUUCAAUCAUUGCAUUCGCUACAUUUGUGGAAAACAUAAAUAUGAUUCCAUCUCAACUGAUAAAAAAAUUAUUUUAGGCUGUUCACUCGAAUCAUAUAUGAAAUAUCGAGCAUGUUUAUUCAUUUUCAAUUUAUUACGAACAAAAACACCACAAUAUCUUUAUGAAAAGCUUCAAUUUCCUCGAUAUCCUCGAAACUGUUGUCUAACAAUACCAACGCUACCAAAAUCCUCGCAACAUUUCCAAAGAUCUUUUUUCGUUCUUGGAGUUAGAUUGUGGAACUCAUUGAGCCCAGAAAUAAGAAUGAACGUUGCGCAAUCGAGUUUCAAGCACGAGUGUCUAACAUUUUUCACCUCGAGAGAGUCGUAA